AAAAAUAAAAAAAGAAAAAGUUAACUUAAAAUUUUUAAAAAACUAUAGUUUGAACACACUUUGACCCUUUCACUCAAUCAUUAGCCUAAAUAACAAACAAUUUCCAAUCUCUCUCCUAAAACGACAUCAUUUCAUUCCAAUUUUUUCACUUUUUAGUUCUUCCUUCCUCAUCUUCCAAAGAAAAGCUGCUUCCUUUACUCUACUCUACUUCCAUGGCUUCCCUGAAAUCUUAAAUUCCUAUUAAAAAAAAAGAAAAAUGUCGGCUUUCUAUUUUCCCUUCAUUUUCUCUCUCCUCUUUUCUCUUUUUGUGACGCUUUCUCUCUCCUUCGACGACGACGUAAAAUGCUUACAAGGCGUAAAAUCGUCGCUUUCAGACCCACAAAACCGUCUCUCAAACUGGCACUUUGACAACACUUCCGUCGAUUCAAUCUGUCGACUUACCGGCGUUUCUUGCUGGAAUGAAAAGGAAGACCGUCUUCUUUCUCUUCAACUUCCGACGAUGAGUCUCGCCGGAAAAAUCCCUUCUUCGCUUCAGUUUUGCCGGAGUUUACAGACCCUUGUACUUUCCGGCAAUCAAAUCUCCGGCGAAAUCCCACCUCAAAUCUGUGAUUGGUUGCCUUAUUUAGUAACCCUAGAUCUUUCUGGAAACGAGCUCUCAGGUUCGAUUCCACCCCAGAUCGAAAAUUGCAAGUUUUUGAAUAGUUUGAUUUUGAGUGAUAAUAAGCUUUCUGGGUCUAUCCCUUUUGAAUUGGGUAGGUUAGAUAGGCUCAAGAAGCUUUCACUUGAUAAUAAUCGACUUAAGGGUUUGAUCCCAGAUGAUUUGGGUAAGUUUGGGAAAGAUGGGUUUAGUGGGAAUGAUGAACUUUGUGGGAAUGUUGUUGGAUUAAGAUGUGGGGCAAAUGGUAAUCUUAGGGUUGUGAUUCUUGGUGGUGUGAUUGGUGGUGUUGGUUCGCUUUUGUUAGGGUUUAUGAUUUGGUGGUGGUGUUGUUGGGAUCAUAGAAAGAAGGAAGAAGAUGUUUUUGAUGGUGAAAAAGGUGGGAAUUUUGUGGGUUGGGUUGGGAAAUUGAGGUCUAAUAAGAAUGCUCAAGUGGUGUUCUUUCAGAAACCUAUUGUGAAGAUUCGAGUGGCGGAUUUGUUGAUUGCUACGAGUAGUUUUAGUGAUGGAAAGAUCGUUAAUACCACGAAAACCGGGGUUUCGUAUGGGGCGGUGUUGAGUGAUGGAUCGGCAUUGGCGAUUAAGAGGUUAAGAGGGUGUAAUAAGGUGAGUGAGAAGCAGUUUAGGUCGGAGAUUCAUAGGUUAGGGCAGCUUAGGCACCCGAAUUUGGUGCCUUUAUUGGGGUUUUGUUGUGUGGAGGAUGAGAAAUUGGUGGUGUAUAAGGAUAUGAGUAAUGGGAAUUUACAUUCAUGGUUGCACUCAGGAGUUAAUCAGGAUAGUGUGUUGGAUUGGCGAGCUCGGGUUAAGAUUAGUGUUGGGGCUGCUAGAGGGCUAGCUUGGCUCCAUCAUGGUUGCCAGCCCCCGGUCAAGCACCAAAACAUAUGCUCGAAUGUGAUUCUACUUGAUGAUGAUUUCGAUGUUAGGAUCACUGAAUUCGGGUUAGUUAGGCUCAUGGGUAUCGGGAACUCCAAUGGCAGCUCGGUUGCCAAUGGGGACUUUGGAGAGUUUGGUUACGUCCCACCUGAGUAUGCGAGCACAUUGGUUGCGUCGUUGAAGGGUGAUGUUUAUGGGUUUGGAGUAGUCCUAUUGGAACUGGUUACUGGUCAAAAGCCCCUUGAAGUUAAUAAUGCAGGGGAAGGCUUUAAAGGGAGCUUGGUUCAUUGGGUGACUUAUCUGUCUAGCUCUGGUAGGAUUAAGGAUGCAAUUGAUAAGUCCUUGUGUGGGAAGGGCAACGACGAUGAGAUUAAGCAGUUGCUUAGAGUUGCUUGUUCAUGUGUGGCUUCGAGGCCCAAGGAUAGACCUUCUAUGUUCCGGGUGUACGAUUCCCUGAAGAACUUGGCUGAGAAUCACGGUUGCUUAGAGCAGUACGAUGAGUUCCCUAUGAUCUUGAAUGAACAAGAUCUUGAUUAAAUUGAUUCUUAACAUGUUAAUUUUCAUGGUUUGGUUCGAAAUUAAACUUCUUUGUUGUAUUUGUUGCUGUGUUCUUGGAGCUUUUCAAGUUCAUGGGGUUUUCCAAUUCCUGCAGCUUUUAUCUUUCUCUGUCUCCUCCAUUGUUGGAAUUUCCUGUAUAAUACAAAAUUUUGUAUGUUAUCACCUUUCUUUAUUGUCAGCUUCCAUUGUUCUUUCA